GAAACCGAACCGAAAAUUGCUCAAAUGAGUUCUAAUUGGGCCGGGUAAAACCAAUUAGCAGCAUUUAUUCUUGUGUAAUAAAUAAAUUGCCAACAAUUAUGACUUGCGAGUUCCACUCAAGCAUAAUCAAAUGAAAUGUUCAACAAAAUGUUUACGGCAAUUGCAGCUCAAAGCGCAAACAAACCAUAGACGAGGUGCAGCCUGUUGUGGCAGUGGCAAGCUGAGUCAAAGAAAGCCGCAAGGCUCGACCAGAAAUAUAUAAUUGGUAACAGCAGACGGAAGCCAGAGAAGCCGCACAUUCCGACCGCCAGCCAACCGAGACGAGACGCAUGUGAGCGCAACCGAGGCCCGAAGGAGCAAGUGGCGAUGCCAAGAUGCCAUCGGCAGAUCAGAUCCUGUUCAUAAAUGUCACCACAACGAUGGCGGCGGCGGCUUUAACCGCUGCUGCCGCCGUCGGCAGUACGAAAUCCGGAGGCAGCGAUGUCGUCACGGAUACGGCGGGCAUCGAGGCGGAGACGGUGGCCAACAUAUCCGGAUCGCUGGUGGAGGGUCUUACCACCGUGGCGGCGGCUCUGACCACGGCUCAGGCGGAAUCUGACCUAGAGGAUGCCGGAGAGUGCGUCGGGGAAGUGGAGGAGCUGCACAGCAGCGUGCUGGGAUUGCAGCUGGCGGUGCCGGAAUGGGAGGCACUGCUGACCGCCUUGGUGCUGUCCGUGAUCAUCGUGCUGACCAUUAUUGGGAACAUCUUGGUGAUCCUGAGCGUGUUCACCUACAAGCCACUGCGGAUCGUCCAGAACUUUUUCAUCGUGUCACUGGCGGUGGCCGAUCUCACGGUGGCCCUGCUGGUGCUGCCCUUUAAUGUGGCCUACUCGAUUCUGGGUCGGUGGGAAUUUGGCAUCCACCUGUGCAAACUGUGGCUCACCUGCGAUGUGCUUUGCUGUACCAGUUCCAUCCUUAACCUGUGCGCCAUCGCCCUGGAUCGUUAUUGGGCGAUCACGGAUCCGAUCAACUACGCCCAGAAGCGAACCGUGGGUCGCGUCCUGCUGCUCAUCUCCGGCGUCUGGCUGCUCUCGCUCCUGAUCAGCAGUCCGCCGCUGAUCGGGUGGAACGACUGGCCGGACGAGUUUACCAGUGCCACGCCCUGCGAGCUGACCUCACAGCGCGGCUACGUGAUUUACUCCUCGCUGGGCUCCUUCUUCAUCCCGCUGGCCAUCAUGACCAUUGUCUACAUCGAGAUAUUCGUGGCUACGAGACGACGCCUGCGGGAGCGGGCCAAGGCCAAUAAGCUCAACACGAUCGCCCUAAAGUCCGCCGAGCUGGAGCCCAUUACAAACUCUUCACCGGCCGCUGCAUCCACAUCCGCAUCGGGUUCCAAGUCGCGGCUUCUGGCAAGCUGGCUGUGCUGCGGCCGUGAUCGCGCCCACUUCACCACGCCCAUGAUCCAGAACGAUCAGGAAAGCAUCAGCAGCGAGACACACCAGCCUCAGCAGCAGGACGGCUCCAAGGUGGGAUCCCAGGGCACUGGGGAUCCGCAGCAGCAGCAUGUCGUUGUCCUGGUGAAGAAGUCGCGGCGCGCCAAGAUAAAGGAUUCGAUCAAGCACGGCAAGGCCAGGGGCGGACGAAAGUCACAGAUCUCGUCCACCUGCGAACCCCAUGGCGAACAGCAGCUCCUUCCCGCCGGCGGAGGAGGAGGAGCAGGAGGAGGAGGUGGCUGUGGCGCCGGUGGCGGACACUCCGGCGGAGGGAAGUCCGAUGCCGAGAUUAGCACAGAGAGCGGUAGCGAUCCCAAAGGUUGCAUACAGGUAUGUGUCACCCAAGCGGAUGAGCAGACCUCCCUCAAGCUAACUCCGCCGCAAUCAUCGACGGGCGCCGCCGCCGUAUCUGCCACGCCGCUGCAGAAGAAGGCGAGCGGCGUUAACCAGUUCAUCGAGGAGAAACAGAAAAUCUCGCUGUCCAAGGAGCGGCGGGCAGCCCGCACCCUGGGCAUCAUCAUGGGCGUCUUUGUCAUCUGCUGGCUGCCCUUCUUCCUCAUGUACGUCAUCCUGCCAUUCUGCCAGAGCUGCUGUCCCACGAACAAGUUCAAGAACUUCAUCACAUGGCUGGGCUACAUCAACUCCGGCCUGAACCCGGUCAUCUACACCAUAUUCAACCUGGACUACCGGCGGGCCUUCAAGCGGCUCCUGGGCCUUAACUGAGACCCAUUCGGGAGAUUGGGGAUGGGCAGGAGCGGGGGGCCGGAGCGAAGGGGCAAGCGGGAGAGCAUUACUCAGAGCGUGUGCCAAACAUGAAGAGUGGAUGAUCGAAUGAGAAAAAAUUGAUCCCCAAUCCGAUAUAAUAUUAUAAUGAAAAUCACUGUCGAACUUCUAAGGCAAAGCUGAUCACAGAGUGCACCCGAGGACUUUAGGCACUGUGUGGGCAGCUCUGACCUACAGCUCUCACUUUCACCUAACCUAAGAAGCGUUAAGCUUUUUUUUACAAUUUCCAGUAAUAAGUGAGUUUUUCCCAUAAUGUAGGUUGAUUUUAUUCCUCUUCCCUAUAUUUAAUUAUUAUAAUAUAAUUUGUACUUUAAGUAAUAUAAAUAAUAUGUCUGAAGGUAUACUAGUUUCGAUUGCUGGAAAGAUUACCUUGAACCUUAUAGGUUUUACUUUUCAAUCUGUUUCUCGCUGUUUGGAACUUACUUAAAGUAAUAUAUUUCGAAUGUCUACUGCCAUUAAAGUGAUUCGACUUACUUACUAGGUAAGGAAGGUUCAAGUUGAAGAAGUUCGACUCUAUUUGGAUUUUCGUAACGAAAAUGUCAUCUUUCAGUGGCAUUGCAAUGUCCCCUAAGAUAAAUGUAAGCUGUUGAAUACUCAUACAUAAAAUUAGUAAAGGUGGAAUAAAUCUCACGUCGGCCACGCCCACAAUGGAAAUCAUCAAAACUACAUACUAAUCGAAUACAUAACCAUACAUUCAUUAUAAACAAAGCUAAGUGACACCCCAAACGAGAAACGCAUCAAAUUGAAUUUAAUAAAAUUAAAUUAAAUGUUUAGGCACAGGACUUGUGGCAAAACUUUCGUGUUUCACUCUAUGCGUAUGGUAAAAAACCAAAGAAAAAGUUAGUUAAAUGAAAUCUGCGCUCAAAAUAUGUAAAAGUAAAGGAAUUAAGCGAAAUACAAACUUCCAAGAAAUGAAAUAUGUUUUCUAGGCAUUACAUUAACGAUUUGUAUUUAAUUGUAAUUUAAUUGUAGGUUUACGAAAACUAAACUACUAUAUCUAAUGUAUACUUUCGAAUACGCUUUAAACUAUUUGUUAAAUAAUUUAACGAUUCAUUGUUUUUAUGACAGAGCAACAAUUGUGUUGAGUGGGCAGCUAAAAGCUUGCGCAUCGAAAAUUACUUAAGAUAGAUAAAUGUUUAAUUGCACAUUAAUUGCAGAAUGCAACAGAGUUAGCGAACUGGGGUACUAUAAUUCGAUGUAUAAACUUGCUAUAUCGUAUAUACCACAAUUUAUGACUUUUAACGACGAUGUACGAUAAUUUCACUAAUUAACUUGUUUAACGAGCAAAUGCAAGCUAAGCAUAAACGAAA